UCUCUCCUACGUGCCGCUCUCCCAAACCUCCAUUUUGAUUUAUCUCAUUCUCUAUUCUGCCUUUUACGCCUCAAUUCUUAAGCUUGGCAAAAACAUCAAAAUUCUCAUACUCAAAUACCGUUACAAAAUUUGAUUAGCAAUUCAUACGUAAUUCAUUCUCAAAUCUAUCACCAUGUGUCUGCAAAUCUCAUGCUCAAUCACCUGUUGUAGCAAUUGAUCAGCAGCAAAUCCUUCUAAAAUCCCCCUUUUCCGCCAUCUGCAAAACCUUCUCAAAUCUCUCCCCAUCCAUCUGCAAAACCUUCUCAAAUCCCAUCUCCCACCGUCUGCAAAUCCUUAUCACAACAAUUGAUCUCUAUCCAUCACACACACUACAGAUCUAUGGGUGCUGCAAACAAGACUCAGCCGCAACUGCACUCGGAUUCCAGUCGCCACCGUCACCUUCACCGCGCCGGCCACCUCCCUUCCCCCGCAAGCCCUCCGAUCUGCAUCGCCGCCUCUUUCUUUCUUCAAUCGGCAGCUCCAACCCCCACCGCUCUCUCCGCCACUCCCGCAGCCUCAGCCGCUUCUCCCGCCCCAUUGCGCUGGAGCCGGAGGCCAAACGUGCCCAGGGGAAAAUUCGUCAACACCACGAGGGGCUCGACCUCGCCGGCACCAACCGCGAAUCGCCGAGCCCCUAGAUCCCCAAAGUCUCACCGCCUCUUUGUGAUUUCCGGCGACCACGGCAGCCAUGUCCGCCGAUCUGCCACCUCCCUUCCCCCAUAUGAGUGUUGAUAAUGAACUUGUACUAUGGGAACCAAAAAUGAAAGAACAAUCUCCUGGAGAGGGUACGGUUGACAUCCUCCAAAAGUAUCCUGAUCCCGAGUGUGAUAUUUGGUUUAUCAAGUUUUCUUGUGAUUUCCAUUACAAGGCAGCAGCAGUAGGGAAUAGGGAAGGGAAGAUAUAUGUGUGGGAAGUUCAGUCUAACCCUCCGGUUCUCAUUGCAAGAUUGUCCCAUGUCCAGUCGAAAUCUCCAAUUAGAUUAACCGCCAUGUCUUUUGAUGGAAGCACCAUUCUCUGCUGCUGUGAAGAUGGAACAAUAUGGAGAUGGGAUGUGGUUGCAAGCUCUUAGAGAUUCCGAAAUGGUAUUUUGUAGAAGUCAGUAUAACUUUUUAAUAUCCAUGAACAACAUGCAGCUAUGAAACUACGAGCUUCAUUUUUAAAUUAUAAUUUAAAAUCCCUGUCUUCUUUUCGAGGAGGAUAUAGAAGAAUGAUAAUUGAUAGAGAAUAUGACGUACAGAUUUUUCUACACAUGCAUUAACUCAUAGCAGUGUACAUUUUUCCUUCAGUUAAAUAUUUGAAUGAGUUUGUUCUCACAAAUGAAUAGUGCCAUACUACCAUUUCGUUUUGGUUGUUUUUUUAGCAUGGAUAAUUUAUGAUAAAUACAAUUGUUGAGGUUAAUAGCUUUUGUGCUGUUGACUCUGAACAUGGGUUAUUGGUUCAACUCAAGUAAUUUUAUUGAUCUGCCUUGAAGGAAAUUUUAUUAUUAUUAUUAUUAUUAAUUUUGCGUUGUAAAUCAGGUUGUUUAUUUUAUGUGUUUCAAGGUGAGUUGGGAUAAAUUAGAAGCAUUCGAAUUGAUUAGAUAAUUAGGUAAAGGAAAGACAAGGCUUUUACAAUUUAUUAGGCUCCUUAGUCCUUAGUGUUGUGUUAUAAUUGCCAUUUUAUAGUCUUGAGGGGACCCUACAUAUCGUAUGCUGUCUUCUUUUCGAGGGGAUAUAGAAGAAUGAUAAUUUGUAUGUUGCAAGCUCGUAUGCUGUAAAUCAUACGAGCUCGAGUCCUUAGUGUUGUGUUAUAAUUGCCACUUUUCUUUCUCUCUCUAAUUUACACGACGUUGGAGCGAGUAAAUCAUAUUAAUCCAUGUGGGUGCAGCACCAUUCUCUGCUGCUGUGAAGAUGGAACAAUAUGGAGAUGGGAUGUGGUUGCAAGCUCUUAGAGAUUCCGAAAUGGUAUGUUGUAGAAGUCAGUAUAACUUUUUAAUAUCCAUGAACAACAUGCAGCUAUGAAACUACGAGCUUCAUUUUUAAAACGAAGCCAGUCUUUUGCGGAGAACAAACAUUCUAUGACUGAUCAAGAAUAUGCUACUGAGUCCGUACAAGCUUCAACUCAAAACAUCAUUAGUCUUUAGUUUAUUCUGCCAGAAAUUUCUAUGUAAGAUAACAUUUCGAUGAAAUUUAUUUUGUACCACUCAAAUGUGCGUUUCUUUUUAUCUUAUGCUAAUGUGUUAGCUUUUUUAUUA